AUGCCACCAACCGAAGCCGCUGUAAUGCAGCUGGAAGUACGGCUAAUGAACUUAACAAUUUUGGUCGGAAUCUUUUUGGUAUUGGUUGUAUACACUGGAUUCUACGCGUUCAUCUAUAAGUCAUCAGAUUGUGUUCGACGUUCGGAAGGAGACAAAAAAGCCACAGAGGUCAACAAAAACGGCAUCGACCCAUGUGGCUGCCGUCGUUGGUUUCAACCGUUCUGCAACCUUAACGCCGAUCCCGACGAUUUGCAGUCGACCGAGUGGUUAGGUGAUUGGAGUUCGGUUUGCAGCUCAGCUUCGAGUAUCUCUGCAGACGACGAGUCUGGAGUAAUCUUAAAUAGAAAUUAUUUAGAAGUACCGCCGCAGGAAACCACCCGACUACUGUGA